UCGUGUUGACGAGAUGGCAGCAAGGAAUCCGGGGACAGAGUUUGAUGCCUGUUGGUUAGAGAAUGUGUGUGUAAACUUACCAGCAGUGAAACGGAGAUGUGAGACUCUGGCAGCACGGCGCACAGUUAAAAAACAAUGGCAGGCGGCGUGGCUGUUGCGAGCGGUAACAUGUAUAGAUCUGACCACACUCUCUGGAGACGACACAGCCACUAAUGUCAGUCGACUUUGUUUUAAAGCAGCAAACCCUGUGCGUGAUGAUUUAAUCAGUGCACUGGGAAUGAAGGACCAAGGAUUGACAGUUGGAGCUGUCUGUGUGUAUCCCAACAGAGUGGCUGAGUGUAAGAAAUACUUAAAGGCAGCAAAUGCUUCACACAUACCUAUUGCAUCAGUGGCUACCGGUUUUCCAUCAGGACAGAUGCCACUGAAGACAAGACUUGAGGAGAUCAGACUUGCAGUUAGUGAUGGCGCAUCUGAGAUAGAUAUUGUGAUAAACCGACAGUAUGCAUUGUCUGGUGAUUGGUUAGGUGUGUACAAUGAGGUACGUGCUAUGAAGGAGGCUUGUGGUGAUGCCCAUCUAAAGACCAUCCUGGCUACUGGAGAACUGGGAAACAUGACCAAUGUGUACAAGGCUAGUCUUGUCUGUAUGAUGGCAGGUGCUGAUUUCAUAAAGACCUCCACUGGAAAGGAGGGUGUAAAUGCCAUCUUCCCUGUUGCCUUGGUGAUGGUGAGGGCUAUCCGGGAGUAUUACCAAAAAACAGGUUUUAAGGUUGGGUUCAAGCCAGCUGGUGGUAUCCGUACUGCUAAGGAUUCCUGUGCCUGGCUCAUCCUGAUGAAAGAAGAGCUCGGUGACGAUUGGCUCAACAGUGACAUGUUCAGGAUAGGGGCCAGUUCUCUGUUGAUUGACAUUGAACGACAGCUGUAUCAUCAUGUGUAUGGAAAUUACGCAGCUGCCCAUGAAUUUCCAAUGUCUUAAAAUGGAUACCUAUGUGUGAAGAUGUUUAGUGCUAGCUAAAAGACCAUGGUUCAAUUAUUUCAAAAUGUUUGAUGCUGUGUGAGUAUCAUACAAGUAUAAUCCUUUUAAGUGAGAACGUAAUUUGUACUUAAUUUUUAUAAGAGGAAAAUCAUGUACCCGGUUAGUUAUUAAAACAGGAAGUAAAUUUAUUUCGAGAAAGACUUUAUGAAGAUUAUCAUGGAAUUGAUUUAUCCAGAAGUUGUUUCCUUCUACAAAUGUAUAACUACAAUUUAAGAUGAUUUAAAAACUUAAAAUAAAAAAGUGCCUUUCAACUUUGAUAUUUUCCCUUAUUUAUACAUGGUAUUUGAAAAUAUUCAAGACUCAAAGUUGAAGACAUGUUUGAAUAUUGACACCUGAUAUUGUUUUGAUAACCUACAGUGAUUAUCUGUGUACACUCAAUGUCAAUAAGGGAUUUCAUAUUAUUUUACAUAAGGUUAUAUACUCUAGAACUAAUGAGUACAUUCACUAAAUAAAAAUCUAGUCAUUUCACUUGUACUCAAAAUUAAGAGUAGGUACUUAUUUUUUUAUUCUCCCAGUGGUAUGUAAUCAGGAAUUCAUUACAACAUCCAAUGAAAUAAUUGGUAUUUUUUAUCAAACAUAUGUUCUGUAAGCUGCUAGUAUAUAUAUAUAUAAUUAGUGUAUAUCUAUAGAGUUCGUAAUAUUUGUAGUUAUCAUCAUAGAUAAAAGGAGGUAUGUUACUAUCAUCAUACAUGUAUAUAUGAAAGAGUGUAGAACAAACCUCGGGAGAAAAGUCUAAAUGUCUUUGUGAUAGCAAUUAAAUUGUGUUCUUACUGAAUUCUCCAGAGAAUUUCAUUAACUAACAUACCUCACUGUCAGAGGUAGUCAUUUUAGUGAGAGAAACAUAUUUUUGUAUUUAGAAUCUCCUUUGUUGAAUUGAAGAUUUUGUAACUCUAUUACUCUUACCAAAUGGAUUUUGGUAUGUGUUUAAAUAUGGAUGUGGAUAGUACUCAAACGAUCAUUUUUGUAACUUAAAAUAUAUGAUUCAUUGGCAGUGAUAAUUUUAUUGAUAAUGUUUUAACCUUUUUACUAGUUUUUUUUCUUGAAAUAGGAAUUUAUCUUGUAGUCUGUUGUUUUUUGACAAGCCUUGACCUUCAUUUUGAAAAGCAAACUCAUUAUUGAUUACCUUAGUAUGUCUGAUUAUUUUGAUUUAUACCCUGCUGAAUUGAUCCUCAUUUAUUGAUACCAGUGCUAGACAUUUCUUUUUCCAUGGUAACAACUGCCUUGUUUGAAUGUGUUUUAAAUUUGUUCAGUAUGUUUUGGUUCUUGUGUUUUUUGUUUGUUAUGUGUUUUGUCCUAUUUAGUUUUGUGUUUGAUACACUUUGUGCUGUAUGGUGAAUUGUUACCCUUAUGAAAUAUAUAAACACAAAAAGUGCUAGUUUGUAUUGUACAAUUAAGUUUGUAUGUACAAUAUACUUCAAUAAAGAUAAAUGCAAAGACAAAA